AUGGCCGUGGCCAACGCCGCGGAUUACUCUGGGGCCCUUCGACCGCAGGUCCAUUUCUCUCCGCCGAAGAACUUCAUGAACGAUCCCAAUGGCCUCUUUUUCGAUGACCGGAAGGGCAUCUACCACCUGUACUACCAAUAUAACCCCACCGGACUCGUUGCUGGCAACCAGCACUGGGGCCAUGCCACCAGCCGUGAUCUCUACCACUGGGACAAUCACCCCAUAGCCAUCUCCCCUAGCCAUCCAGAAGAGUACAUCUUCUCCGGUUCCGCGGUGCUCGACCGCGACAACACCUCGGGCUUCUUCCCGGACCAAGACGACGGCGUCGUCGCCAUCUACACCGUCGACACUCCCACCUCUGAGACCCAGAACAUCGCCUACUCCCACGAUGGCGGCUAUACCUUCACCAAGUACGCCGACAACCCGGUCAUCAACAGCACCUCAAAGGACUUCCGCGACCCGCAAGUCACCUGGCACGCCGAGACAGGCCGCUGGGUGAUGACCGUGGCGUACGCCGCAGACCGGGUGAUCGGGUUCUUCACGUCGCCGAACCUGCGCGACUGGACGCACGCGUCCAACUUUACGCAGCCCGGCCUGCCGGGUGUCGAGUUCGAGUGUCCGAACCUGGUGCGCUUCGUCGUCGCCGACGGCUCCACCCGCGACGUGCUCUUCAUCUCGGUCAACCCCGGCGCCCCGCUGGGCGGUUCGGGCACAUACUACCUGGUCGGCCAGUUUGACGGCACGAGCUUCACGUCCGAGUCGGCCAACGAGACGCUGUACGACUUUGCCAAGGAUAACUACGCCUCGCAGUGGUUCUCGGGGCUGGCGCCUGGCGCGGCGCCGCUAUCCAUCGGCUGGGCGAACAACUGGCAGUAUACGCAGGAGGUGCCGACGGGGCCGCUCGAGGACUGGAGGGGCGCGAUGUCGCUACCCCGGGAACAUGGCUUGCGGCAGGUUGGUGGGAAGUGGGUGGUCACGCAGCGUCCGGUGGGCGAUUUGCGUCCUGUCCGUGGGGAGCGGGUCGUGAGUCGGCGGGUGCGUAACGGAGAGGUCACGGCUAACCUGACGGGUGUUGUGUCCAACGCUGUGUACUUUGAUGUCGUGGUGAGUGGUGUGCCGGCCGGUCAGGGGGCUGGCACGGUGAGCUUCAACUUUACGUCGUCGUCGGGAGAGCAUGUCAACGGCGGGGUGGAGCUGGAUAGUGAGCGGUUCUGGAUGGACCGCGCUGGGACGCAUCUGUUUACGACGCAGGAUAACGCGGACUAUACGUCGCGGUUUGAGACGCCGGUGACGGUGGAGCACGGGGCGGUUCGGUUUAGCGGGGCGUUAGAUCGGUCUUUGUUGGAGGUGUUUUUGAACAGGGACUUGCAGAGUGGGACGAUGGUGUACUAUCCUACUGCACCGCUGGAUCGAGUGGUCUUCUCUGCUGAGGGACUGGGGAAUGGCACGGUUGUUCAUGUUGAUGUGUGGGGCUUGCGCAGCGGAUGGACUGGAGUAUAG